CGUGCAUUAUCUGAUUUUUACACCCCUGCGACACCAAGAGGCGAAGUUGAAAAUGGAUCAACCAGCAUCUUUUACAAGAGAGAAAUGAGUGAAUAUUUUCCAUCUCGCCAUCAUCUCUUGAAUCAUCACCGAAAUGACAGAACCUCAGUACCAACAAUUCCGAAAAAACGGCAUCAUUGAGGAAGUUUGUGUCAGAACUGCUUCCACCAAUGCGAGCAUUGGCAACCCGCUCUGCUAUGUGAGUUUGGAGGACAUUCGAGAUGUGUUUCCAGAUGCACUACGCUUCAAGUUGAAUGGACAUCCCAUUCCAUUCCUUUUAGACGCCAAUGACAACAGGAUCGAACCUCUGCGUAUUGCAUUCUACCCUGACAAGAUCCUGGACGUCAUAACAGACGCACCACAGUCCAGCAACAGUAACAAAUCUCUUACUGUCCAUAAUAAUAAGGAUUUCAGCUCCCACUCUGACGAGAUUAAGGAGUGGAUGGUUAAGGUCGAGGAUAAGGGCGACAUGAUGCUUACACUAGAAGACAAGAUGGGCAAGGCGUUUGAACUACAAGUAGAGAUGUAUAAAAUGCAACUGGAGCUAAAGGAUGAGGUGGUUAAAUUGCAAUCGGAGGUUAAGGAGAUGAAUGCUAAGGUGCAUAAACUGCAAUUGGAGGUAAAGGAGGAGAACGACAAGGUGCUUGAAAUGGAGAAGGAGAAUCAUAGUUUGCUACAGCAAGCACUCAACAGACUUGCGAUCCUUCAACAAAAAGCUGAAGCUAUCCUCGUCCAGACCUUUGAGCUACACGAGUAUCCAAUCCCUCGACUCUUUAUCAUUUUGCCUGAAGACCGGACCGAAUGGGACCCAAUGAAUAUCUUGAGGAAGAAGUUCCGCCUUCAUUUCCUAUGUGAAUGCGGGGAUCACACUGUAGAGACAGGCAAGAGCAGCCAAAAUCAAACCCAUUUUGCCAAACAUGAAGGAUAUAUAGUCCGAAACAGCACAGAGUUCUUUCAAAAAUAUGGGAAAUACAUGGCCAUCCUUUUACAGUGCCUCAGUGUAGGAGUGCCCUUGGCUGCCCCACUUGGGCCAGUCCCGGAUCUCAAAGCCGGUAUUGAUUAUUCACUCGACUAUAUGAAAGCACUCUCUGCUGAGUUUCCGGCUCUGAACAGUAUCAAUACAAUCGAAGACUAUGCGACACUUGAAGGAGCAGAUCUCCGAGGACUGAGCAAAUUCCUUCAAAUCAACGAUGAAGAUGGCAAGCUUGGUAACUUGUACAGGAUCAGAACAGAAGCAGGUCAUGUCAAAUGGGUUUGUAUCGGCCAUUUCAGUUCAACAUAUAAAGAGGAAGAGCAGAAAGCCUUUGAAGAUGUUGUGGAGAUGAACGGUGGCGAGUAUGACUCACAGCUUGGUAAAGUGGUCAUUGAAUUGGGAUCCAAAAUCACAGCCAGAGGAUUCUUUGGUGCCAUGGCCAAAGCGAAACGUGUUUACGAGCUGGAUAUUACGUUCAAGAGCGGCUGGGAUUGGACCAAGACUGAUCUUGAAACACUUGAGAAUGCACUAAGAGUCUCGAGUGUAUCGGUUCUUCGGCUUGAUCUUGGUAGUCCUCAAGAAGGUAUUACUAGGAAACUACGUUUAACUACAAUAUAUGAAAAACUCGUUCGUAUUAUAGAGGUCAACACUAUGAAAGUGGUCCGUAUUGUACUGUCUCCAGAUCUCACCAAGCUUUCCAGCUUACCAAACCAAAAGUUGCGACAUCAUCAUGAGUUAACCUUUGAGAUGAGGCUACGAGAUAUCAGACGAGAUGAUUUUCAAGAGCUUGUAAAUUCACUCGCGACCAACAUGACUUUGGCCAGCUUGGAUUUGAAGCACAAUUCAAUUAGGAAUGAAGGAGCCUUCGCACUGUCAGAGGCACUCAAGACAAACAUGAAAUUGACUACUAUAGACUUGAGACACAACUUAAUUGGGGAUGAAGGUGCUCUAGCACUGUCAAAGGCGCUCAAGGCUAAUACAACUUUGGCUGUUUUGGAUUUGAGGGCCAAUCCAAUUACGAAGGAAGGAGUCCUGGAGCUUUUAGGCGCGCUCAAGACUAGUCCAACUUUGGCUACUUUGGGCUUGCGGCACAGCAUAGUAACGGAAGAACUGUCGGAGGCACUGAAGGGCAACGCGACAUCAGCCACUUUGAAUUCGAGCCACAGCUCGAUUCGGGAUGAAAUAGUUCUGGCACUCGUAGAGGCACUCAAGACAAACAUGAUCUUGACUAAUUUAAACUUGGGUCACAACUCAAUUGAGAGGGAAGGAGCACUAGCACUCUCAAGGGCACUCAAGACUAACAUGACCUUGACCAAUUUGAGCUUGAAGGGCAGCUCAAUUGGGAAAGAAGGAGCUCUGGCGUUGUCAGAAGCACUCAGGACCAACACUAGUCUAACCAAUUUGGAUUUGCACGGCAACUCAAUUGGAGAUAAAGGAGCUCAGGGACUGUCAGAGGCACUCGAGACAAAUAUGACCUUGGCCAAUCUGGACUUGGAGAACAACUCAAUUAGGAAGGAAGGAGCUCUGGCACUGUCGGAGGCACUCAAGACAAACACCAGUCUGACCGAUUUGGACUUGAGUUGGAACUCAAUUGGGAAAGAAGGAGCUCUGGCACUGUCAGAGGCACUCAAGACAAAUACCAGUCUGGCUAAUGUGAAUCUGACAAGCAACUCAAUUGGGAAAGAGGGAGCCCUGGCACUGUCAGAGGCACUCAAGACUAACAUGACCUUGACCAAUUUGAACUUACGAUACAACUCAAUUGGGAAAGAAGGAGCUCUGGCACUGUCAGAGGCACUCAAGACAAACACCAGUCUGACCAAUUUGGACUUGGGAAACAACUCAAUUGGGAAUGAAGGAGCUCUAGUACUGUCAGAGGCACUCAAGAUCAAUACCAGUCUGACCAAUUUGGACUUGUGGGCCAACUCAAUUGGGGAUAAAGGAGCUCUGGCACUAUCAGGGGCACUCAAGGUCAACACCAGUCUGACCAAUUUAGACUUGAGGGGCAACUUAAUUAGGAAUGAAAGAGCUUUGACACUAUCAGAGGCGCUCAAGACGAACAUGGUGUUGAAUUAUUUGGAUUUGGGAAGCAAUCCAAUCAUGAGGAGAUGAAAAGCUGGCACUGUCUGAGAUGCUCAGAUGGAAAACUGAACAGGACAGGACAGAACACGUAUAUUUAAAUUGUUUUAUUGAGGGGAGAAAUGAAUACAACCUGUAACAGAACUGUAUCUCUCACAUGCUAAGCAGGAUUCCUCCUAUCCCAUGCAUUAUCUUUGCACUUUUACAACGUCCAUGUUAUAUAAAGUUGACACCAACAAGCAUUUCUGCUCGGA